CCUCUGCCUCUCUUGGACCAGAAAUCCAGGAAUCCCAAAGACAGGGAAGCUAGCCUGUGGGUCUGUUUGCUCCCCAGAGCUAGAUAACAGGAUAUCAGGAGCUCCAGCCUCUCUCGGUGGCCCAUGUUCUUGAAGGGGACCCACCCCCCUAGAAGAAAAGAGCCUCAAGAGGAACAAGACAACUAUAGAGAUGAGUCAGGGUAUGGGGCCCAGCAGGGAGGGAGCUGCCAGAGUCAUGUGUUGCUCAUUCAGAACCGUCAUCGUCAUGGUGCUUGGAUGGGCCUGCCCUCUUCCUUGAUAUGUUCUUCUCUGCCCAUCCUUGUCACAAUCCUCUGAAGCACAUAGCAGCAGUACUCAACGUCCUUGCUUCCGAGAACAGAGAAGGCCAUGGCUACUUCAGGAACACCCCCUCCACCUUGGGAUGAGCACGAUCCCCUCCAGGAAGACUCAGAACAACCAGAUAAAGAAACCAAAGUCCAUGAAAAAGAAAAGGAGUACCCUCUUUCAAAAGGAGAAUAUACAAAUGAUACUUCUUCUUGCUUUCCACCUCCACCACCACCACCACCACCACCUUCAUCAUCAUCAUCUUCAUCAUCAUCAUCAUCAUCGUCAUCAUCAUCAGACAGCAACAGUGAUGAUGACCAACUCCAUGGGAUCGACAGAAAACCCCAUCCAGAUAUUGUCAAAGAUGAACCAGUGAUUAAGAAGGAUGAACUUCAGCUCUAUGGAGAUACAUCUGGAGAGAAAAAACCCUAUGGUGAAUUAGAGCUCAGAAGAAGAGAAGUUUCACCAACAGAAGAGCCAGAAAUGGAAGAUACUCAAGCAAGAAGAAUGAACAUAAAGAAAGAUGAUGAAUUUUUCCAUUUUGUCCUCCUUUGCUUUGCUAUUGGGUCCGUGCUAGUCUGUUAUCACUACUAUGCAGAUUGGUUCAUGUCUCUGGGUGUUGGGCUGCUAACCUUUGCUUCUCUGGAGACGGUUGGAAUAUAUUUUGGCCUAGUGUAUCGGAUUCACAGCGUCCUUCAGGGUUUCAUCCCCCUCUUUCAGAAAAUAAGACUAAUAGGUUUCCGGAGGUCAGACUGAGAAGUUGGUUUUAGGGAGACAGCUGGCAUCAGGUUGGAUUUGGGAUUGUCGAUCCAGAAAUCAUAAAUCAAUCAUCCCACAACAACACCAUAAAGGAACCCACGACCACCAACCCAUGCCUUGAUUAAACUGCUGGAGAAUACUUUGUCCUUUAGGAUCACCUAAUGAGUCUGAGUAUUGGACCAGCCAUAGUUGUCAGAUCCUAAAUUUAGAUUGGUUUUAUUCUAAGGAGUGACUUAAUAAUGAAGGGGAGGGAAAGGGAAAUAGGUGGGAGUGGAAGAAGACCCAUGUCUUCCCACCUGACUGGUUCUGAUUCUGAAGAAGAGAAGAUUUCAUUGGGAAAGCCUUGGGAGACAAAUGGUCUUGAUAAGAGUGUCAUCAGCAUUCCUCCCAACUUUGGUCUGAUCAAGGCCUUGACCAUGACCUUCAUCUUCAGCUUCCUCUGUGCUAGACAAUCUUCAACCAAGUGGCAUUUGUUGAUCUGAACUGAAAGAAGAAAGAAGUUGGCUGAAAAAAAGAGUUGGCCAGGCCCAGAACCAUCCAAGCCAGAAGGGAUGGGACACUUUUAUCAAACUGUUGAGUCAGACAGAGAUCUAUAGUUUCUUCAAUUAUUCAAGCUGAAAACUAUGACCAAUGGCUACAUAGGAAGAAAUAUAUCAUGCUGGGAGAAGAAAGAAAUCAGAAUAAAUUGUUUAUGAUCAUGAAAA